AUGGCAAGCCACAGAACUCACACUAGGGUUACUGGCGCCCCGGACUAUGACAAUCCCCACUUUUGGGAUGCCAGAUUCGCGACCGGCCAGGAUGUCGGCGAAUGGCUGAAUUCCGGCGAAGCUUUGAUUGACGCUGUCUUGGCGGACUUGGAGCACCGUUCUAGCUUCGAUGCUCAAACGCCACGCGUCCUGCACCUCGGGCCCGGAGUGUCGAAGCUAGGCCUGAAACUGCGACGUGCUUGUGUCCAGCGCCAGUGGAAAGCGCGCGGUAUUGUGAAUGUGGAUUUUUCCACCGAAGCUGUUCGUCUUGGCCAAGAGGCCGAGAGCCAGGUACCUCGCGACCAGGCCAUGACUUGGUACCGUGCUGACCUGCUCUCAUGGGAUGACGUUUCCGGCGUGACUCAAUUUGCACCGUUUGACGUGAUUUUUGACAAAAGUACGAGCGACGCGAUCGCGACUUUUGACGAUCAAAUCUUUACCGCGACUGAUGACAUGUCGCGUGUAUGUCCGCUGGUUAAAGAUAUUCUCUCUCAACAGUCCUCCACCGCUCUGUCACCGGUGGAUUUGCUUGCUUUGCAUCUCGUCCCAUUGAGCCGGAAGGACACUACGUGGGUUGUUUUGUCAUACUCGAGCUUACGAUUUGACAAACGCCCAAUUCUCGACAAAUAUUGGUCGCUGCGAUCGCGCAUUCCUGUGAAAGCACCUGCUGGGCCAGUGUCUACCUCUGCUUAUACUCCCGAGGUUUUCCAUUGGCUAUAUAUCUUGGACCGAAAGUAA